AGGAAAAAACAAUAAUUAGUUAAUUACACAUCAGUUUGAUUAUGAACAAUUCACCCAAUUCUAUUACUCUGAAAACUAAACAAAGCAAAAAUCUCCCUCUUUAGGUCAAUGUCCAAGAUCCAAUUUUCCAUUUCCCAUCUCUGCUCUCACUGAACCAAAGUACCCGCUAAUCACUCCAAAAGGGUUAUCGACUUCUGUGUAUAAUGAUGGUAGAGACGCCGCCACUAGGGCGGUUCCAGUACCAGAGGCUGGAAUUCAAGCGCUGGGUACCAGCAUUCUUGUCUUCGCACAAAACCCUUUUCACAGUCUUAUGGAUCGCUGCAUUUGCAUCGGUGUUCGUGUGGCAGCGGAAUGUCGUGGGAGGAGGGUUCGCGGUGUUCUGGCGGGUGCCUAUGAGGCCGAUGCCCAGGCUGAGACCUCUGGCAUUUAAUUUGACGGAUUUUGGCGGAGUGGGCGAUGGGGUUACGUUGAAUACCGAGGCUUUUGAGAGGGCGAUUUUGGCGAUUUCCAAGCUGAGGAAGAAAGGGGGAGGGCAGCUGAACGUUCCUUCAGGGAGGUGGCUCACGGCCCCCUUUAAUCUCACUAGUCAUAUGACUCUGUUUCUUGCUGAGGAUGCUGUUAUACUUGGAAUUGAGGAUGAGAAGUAUUGGCCGCUAAUGCCUCCGUUGCCUUCAUAUGGAUAUGGGAGAGAGCAUCCUGGACCUCGGUAUGGGAGUUUAAUCCAUGGUCAAAAUCUCAAAGAUGUGGUUAUAACAGGACACAAUGGUACCAUAAAUGGACAGGGUCAAACAUGGUGGAAAAAGUAUCGUCAAAAGCUUCUCAACCACACAAGGGGGCCCCUUUUGCAGAUUAUGUGGUCAAGUGACAUUCUGAUCACUAAUAUAACAUUGAGGGAUUCCCCUUUUUGGACACUCCAUCCAUAUGACUGCAAGAAUGUAACUAUAAGGAAUGUUACAAUCUUGGCUCCUAUAUUUGAAGCCCCAAAUACUGAUGGAAUUGAUCCUGAUUCUUGUGAGGAUAUGGUAAUUGAAGACUGUUACAUAAGUGUGGGGGAUGAUGGAAUUGCAAUAAAGAGUGGCUGGGAUCAGUAUGGAAUUGCAUUUGGUCGACCUUCAAUGAAUAUUCUCAUCCGUAACCUUGUGGUUCGUUCUAUGGUCAGUGCCGGAGUAUCAAUUGGCAGUGAGAUGUCAGGUGGUGUAUCAAAUGUCACCGUGGAAAACGUCCUUGUGUGGAGCUCUAGGCGUGCAGUUCGGAUAAAGACAGCCCCUGGAAGAGGUGGAUAUAUUCGACAUAUAACCUAUCGGAAUCUAACAUUUGACAAUGUCCGAGUUGGAAUUGUUAUCAAGACAGAUUACAAUGAACACCCUGACGAAGGUUAUGAUCCUAAGGCAGUUCCAAAACUAGAGGACAUAAGCUACACUGGAGUCCAUGGUCAAGGAGUUCGCGUGCCAGUGCGGAUACAUGGGAGUGAAGAAAUUCCAGUUAGGAACGUGACUUUUCGGGAUAUGUCAGUGGGAAUAACAUACAAGAAGAAGCAUAUAUUCCAGUGCGCUUUUGUUGAAGGUCGUGUAAUAGGUACCAUAUUCCCUGCCCCAUGUGAGAAUCUUGAUCGUUAUGAUGAGCAAGAACGACUCAUUAAGCACUCCGUCUCCCAGAACUUGACAGAUGUAGACUAUGAUUUUUGAUAAAAUGUUGAGUUCCCAAUCUCCUGGGCAUAGCUUUCUUGAGUUGAGUGACUUCAACAUUUGUCUGUAUGAGAUAAGCUGGAUAAAUCACCCUGGAGCGGUUAAUCUCGCUCUUAAUGUUUUCUGCCAAAGUGUUAUCGAGUUUUUUUCAUUUCUUGACAGAGUUGUAUAUAUACAGAAAAUUCUCAGUUGUUCAUACAUUCAUGAGGGUGCCGAAAUUCCAUAGCUUGUUUUCUACA